AUGAGAACUAAUCAUUAAUACAAUUAUAAUUAUAAAUUAGACUAAAUAUUUUCCAGAGAAAAGUCUUAUGAUCUUCAUUUGAAAAAAUUGAAUGAAAUCAAAAGCAAAAAAUCACAUUCAUAAUCAAGAGUCUAACAUAUAGAAAUCUUGGAAAAGAGAAAUUCCAUCAGACAAUAAAGAAGGCGUUUCGAUCUCAGUGAAUAAUCAGAACGAAUCAAUAAGGGAAACAGUUAAUUAUAUUAUAAAAUAACAGAAAUCUGCAAUAGGCCAAUGUAAUAAGAUUACUAUAAAUAUGAAGAUGAAAAUCUGCAUCACCCUCAUAACUUAAAUUUAACUUUUCGCAAAAUACAAGCUCAAUAAAUUUAAAAUGAAAACAUUAAAUUAGCUGAUAGACUUAUGAAACAAGAGCCAGUCCUAAAAUUGGAUGAGUAUUCUCAUUAAUAUACCGAAAACAAAAGAUUGAUGCAAAGACUUUAAAGAUAUCAAUAAUGUUAACAAUAUGUAAAUUCAAUUAGAAACAAUUUGACUCUAUCCAAUCGUGAUACAACAAAUAAUAGUUCACUAUCCUGCAAAAAAAAGGAAAAAACAUAGUUAUAACCAAUUCUUAAUGUCAAAAAUAAAUCAAUUGAUGUUUCUGAAUUAGAAAAAAUCAAUUAUUUAAUAAAUUAAGAAGAAUAAUCUACCCUAAAGGAACUUUUAUAAUAAGAAGAAAAAUAGCAAUAACAGGAUGAGAAGAAUUAAACCAAAUAAGAAUUGCCUGAAAUUCCUUAGCUAAAUGAGGAAUCAUAAAUUGAAACUCUAAGACAAGAUGAAAUUGUGGAGAGCCAAAUCUAACAAUAGAUAGAUAAUGAAGUCAAACAAUAAAGUGAAGAUGAUGUUGAAUAAUAAUGAACUAUUUUGUUUUCUUAACAUUUU